AAUACAGCUUCAGAUAAAGAACCGAUGGAGCAAAGAAAAUCCCCCCAGAAGAUUUCACAAACUGUUAUGGAGGACGAUGACACACAGCCACCAGACUCGCCUGAGGUUUUCAAAAUGGAGUCUCCAGAAGAAUCCAAGGAAGUGAGACUGAUCAAUACACCGGAGGAGGAAACAACACAGGACUACUUUGAUGGUCAACAAUCUGAAGACAACAUCCAAACGUUGGUUCCAAACAGUCAAGCAACACCUCCUAAUGAAGCAUCAGACAAUGUUCAGCAUCGGUUAGCAGGGCGGACUCCUCCCCCCCGAUUAUUCCAUCAAAUCCACAACUCGGGUGUUGAACCCCCUACCAGUAGAAAAGCUUGCCCUUCCAAAAGUAAAAAUUCAAGUACAUCAUACAGUGACAAAGGUUUUGAGGCCAAUGUUCCCUCUGAAACUAAAGGUUCUUUCACCAUUAAAACACUGAAGAACAAGAUGGUGGAGAUGGCUCAUAUGGUACAAAAUAAGUUUGGGCACAAGUCUGACAAGGCUGGGAAAGGAAAUACAUCUGGUGAACCAGAUAUCACCAGGAAGGAUUCAUCAUCUUCACAAGAAAGUGACAUCUAUAAUGUGCCUACCCUUAUAAGGCAUUACAGAAGAGCAAAGAAGGUGACACCUAGAUACCCGUUUUAUGCUCCUGACCCUGGGAGUGUACAGUUCUAUACUAAAGUGAUUAUACAGCAGUUGGAGAUCUACAGUCGGAAGUUGACCGAGGUUCAGACCAAGGCAGCAGAGAUUAUCGCCUGGGGUGAGCCUGUCAAAUGUGGCCGCAUCAUGGAAAAGGCACUGGAUUUUGCUCCUGUCAUCCGAACUAGGCAGUAA